UGGAUGGAAUAAAUCGAGGAAUUAGUGGGGGGUUAUUUUCAAAGCACGUGCUCUAUAAAAUGUCGAAAUCCGUAUAAGAAAUAAUCUUCAUAAUAGCAACUAAAUUUACCAAAGAUCGAGUAUUAAUUGCAUAGUGUUCGAGAAAGUGCCAAGUUGAAUUUCAAAAAUUAUUCAAGAAAAUGGCCCUUGGAGCAUCCCUAACAGAAACGCAACUCGAAGACCAAAAUUUGGACUCCAAAAGUGACACAGUGGAGAAAAACGUUGAUGAUGAAAAAACCCAAGAUGGUGAUAAUAAAUCGGCCAAAGAAGAAAUAAACAAAUUAGUCAAAGAUGAGGAAGAAAAGGAGAAAGACGAGUCGGAGGAAGGCAAAAAUAAAGACGAAGUCGUCUUUAUACAGGAUGUCGGAUUUUCCGUUAAAAUCGUCUGUCCCGGCGCUGAAGCGUUUGACAUACAAGUAUCGAGCAUGGAAUUGGUGCAGGAAAUCCACCAGUUGCUGAUGGACCGCGAGGAAACCUGCCAUCGGACGUGCUUCUCGCUGCAACUCGACGGCAACACGUUGGACAACUUCGCCGAGCUGAAGAACAUCGAAGGCCUGAAGGAGGGAUCGAUCAUCAAAGUGGUGGAGGAGCCCUACACGAUGCGCGAGGCGAGAAUUCACGUCAGACACGUCAGGGAUCUGCUGAAGUCGCUCGAUCCGGCCGAUGCCUACAACGGGGUCGAUUGCAAUUCGUUGAGCUUCCUCAACGCCAUCACCCAAGGAGAUAUCUUAGAGAAGAAAAAACUCCGUCCGGAAAGCGUUGACUGCACUCCGCCGGAUUACAUAAUGCCGGAGAGCAAGGAGAGGCCUUUGACUGCGCUACAGCCGCAAAUUAAGGAGCAGAAAUCUCCUCAAUGCGUCAAAGUCCUGACCACUUCGGCCUGGAAUCCACCUCCUGGUCACAGGAAGAUUCACGGUGAUCUUAUGUACCUAUUUGUGGUUACUUUGGAGGAUAAACAUUACCACAUAUCGGCUUGCUCGCGAGGAUUUUACAUCAACCAAUCGGGCGCUGAAGAAUUCAACCCUAAAGCAGCUACGCCUAGCCACCUCUGCCACUCGCUGAUAGAACUGUUGAAUCAAAUUUCGCCGCAAUUCAAGAGAAAUUUCGCUCUGUUGCAGAAGAAGAGGAGCCAACGUCAUCCGUUCGAAAGGGUCACGACUCCUUAUCAAUUGUAUUCUUGGACCGCUCCACCCAUGGAGCACACUCUAGAUGCCAUCAGAGCCGAAGACACGUUUUCAUCGAAACUGGGCUACGAGGAGCACAUACCGGGCCAAACGAGGGACUGGAACGAGGAGUUGCAAACCACUCGAGAGCUGCCCAGGAAAACGUUGCCGGAAAGACUGCUGCGUGAACGCGCCAUAUUUAAAGUUCACAGUGAUUUCGUAGCGGCCGCCACGCGCGGCGCUAUGGCCGUCAUAGACGGCAACGUGAUGGCCAUUAAUCCGGGCGAAGAGGCCAAAAUGCAGAUGUUCAUUUGGAACAACAUUUUCUUCUCGCUCGGCUUCGACGUUAGAGACCACUACAAGGAGUUGGGCGGCGAUGCCGCCGCGUUCGUUGCUCCGAGGAACGAUUUGCAAGGUGUGAGAGUUUACAGCGCUGUAGACUUGCCUGGUUUGUAUACACUUGGUACGGUGGUGAUCGAUUAUAGAGGUUACAGAGUCACUGCACAAUCGAUUAUACCGGGGAUAUUGGAGAGGGAGCAAGAGCAAUCGGUUGUGUACGGUUCGAUAGAUUUCGGUAAAAGCGUAUUGACUCACCCGAAAUACUUGGAUUUGCUGAGCAAAGCCGGUCAACAAUUAAAAAUUUUACCUCAUCAUGUUAUAAACGAUAAAAACGAAUCGGUUGAAUUGUGUUCGAGCGUCGAAUGUAAGGGAAUAAUCGGAAACGAUGGCAGAUAUUACAUUCUGGAUUUGCUGAGAACCUUCCCGCCCGACGUCAAUUUCCUAAAACUGGAAGGCGAAGAUUUGAGCCGCGAAGUGAAAUUGCUCGGAUUCCCCAUUGAGCACAAGCACAAGUUGUGCUGUUUGAGGCAGGAGAUGAUCGACAGCUUCGUCGAUUCCAGAUACAUGAUGUUCAUCAAGUACGCCGCCUACCAUUUGCAGCAAUUAAAUCUCAAAAAGACUGAAGAAAAACUGAAGAAGCCCAUCGAAAACGGCACCGCCGCGAACGAAACCAAAGUGCAGGAUAACAAGGAAGCGGACGAAAAUUGCAAGGAUAAAGACACCGAAAAGGACAACGCCGACGAAAAAAGUCAGUUGGAAGAUGCAGAGGCUAAGAAGAUCGUCGAAAGCAUCACGGAUGGUAGUAAAAUGGAAUUGGAAGAAAGUACCAGGACUAUUGUCAAAACGGCAUCGAUGGCUGUAGGGUCUUUGAAAGACACCGAAUUUGAUAUAAGAUUUAAUCCGGACGCUUUUUCGCCUGGUAUCAAACAUUGUCCCAACUCCGAUCCGCCGCUUGCUAAGCAAAAGCAGUUGAUCAAAGACGCCGCUGAAUUUUUGCUAACAGUACAAAUACCCAGUUUCAUACGCGAUUGCCUGGAUCAUUCUUCGGCUCCCAUGGACGGCACGACUCUCUCCGAAGCUCUGCACAACAAAGGCAUCAACAUCAGGUAUUUGGGAAAAGUGACGAAUCUCCUGGCGAAAGUCAAGCAAUUGGAAUAUUUGUACAGUAUUUCGGUGUCCGAGUUGAUCUUGAGAUCGGCCAAACAUAUUUUCACCAUUUACCUACAGGGUUGCGAAAUGAUGAAUUUGUCGGUCGCCAUUGCUCAUUUUUUGAAUUGCUUUUUGUAUUCCGGCAUGGUUGCUAAUCCAUUACAAGGACAAGAUGAGAACAAAAACAACAAGAAACGCAACAAGCGCCGCGGCAGAGCGAACCCGUUGACGUGCAUCGACAACAACGAAUGGGCGAAUUUGACGCCGAAAUCGCUGUGGAACCAGCUGAAGAGCGAAUUGAAAUCGUACUUCGACUACGAGCUCCAAUCCAACGACAUCGAUUCGACGAUAGACGCGUACGGUUUGCAGAAAAUCUCGCUGAUGCGAUCGUUCUGCCUGAAGACCGGCAUCCAAAUCCUGCUCAGAGACUACAAUUUCGAUUCGAAGAAUAAGGUUUUCUACGAGGAGGACAUACUGAACAUCUUUCCGAUAGUCAAGCACAUCAAUCCGAGGGCGACGGACGCUUAUAACUUUUACACGACCGGUCAAACGAAGAUCCAACAGGGCUAUCUCAAAGAUGGCUACGAGCUGAUCAGCGAAUCGUUGAAUUUGCUGAACAACGUUUACGGUGCUAUGCAUCCCGAAAUCGCGCAGUGCUUGAGGAUGAUAGCGAGACUGAAUUACAUUAUGGGCGAGCACGGUGAGGCCAUGGCGUUCCAGCAGAAAGCUGUGUUGAUGUCGGAAAGGGUGAAUGGAAUCGACCACCCGUACACCAUCACCGAAUACGCUCACUUGGCCUUGUAUUGUUUCGCGAACAGCCAGGUCAGUACUGCGUUGAAGUUGCUCUACAGGGCAAGAUACUUGGCUAUAAUUGUUUGCGGGGAAAAUCAUCCAGAAGUCGCCUUAUUAGAUAGUAACAUCAGUUUAAUCCUGCACGCGGUAGGUGAAUAUGAUCUAUCGUUGCGUUUCCUCGAAAAGGCUUUAGCGUUGAACAUCAAAUACUUUGGUGCUAAAUCGCUGAAAGUCGCCGUGAGCUAUCAUUUAGUGGCGAGAACGCAAAGUUGUAUGGGGAAUUUCAGAUCUGCGUUGAAUAACGAAAAGGAGGCUUACACUAUCUACAAACAACAGCUUGGGGAAAACCACGACAAAACCAAAGAAUCUUCGGAAUGUUUGAAACAUUUAACCCAACAAGCGGUGGUUCUCCAGAAAAAGAUGAACGAAAUAUACACAGGCAAAAAUGGAGCCUCCCUUCCGCCAAUUCAAAUCCAACCUCCUUCUAUGGGUUCUGUACUGGAUAUGUUGAACGUUAUUAACGGAAUUCUUAUCGUUCAAAUUAGUCAAGAAGAUAUCGAAAAUUUUAAGGCUGAAAUCGAAAAGAGGCAGAACGAAGAGGUGACGGAUCAAGAAAUACAAGCGAUUCAAGCGGAAGUGGCCAAUUGAUAGUAUAUCGGUUCCUUUUUUGCGAAUACGUAGUCAGAAUAGAAGUAUUUUUUAGUUCAAAUCGGUGACAUGCACACUUACCGACCUAGUCUGUUGGUUCAAAUUUUGAACUGGCCUCCGGAUAAUUUAGUCUUUGAAGUGCAAUUUUAAAAUUAAUCGUAGUUAACAGGGUUGCUAUUUUUCUGUUUGAAUUGAUUUAUAAAAACUUGGUUGCGCAAGCUCGAAUACAUCAAGAUUACAUUUGAACCGUUCUACUUCUUCUGUAUAAAAUCGUAGUUUUUAAUAUCAAUUAAAUUGAUAGGAAUACAAUUGUACAAAAAUUAUUGAAAAGUGCUGCAUCAUCAUGAUUAUAUUGUGCAUGUUACUUAGUGAAGAAUAUUUUUUAUUAUUUUUUAAAUAAUGUUUUGUAUAAUUGUUAAAAAUGUAGCGUAAUUAUUUGUUAAUUACAAGAAACUGGUUACA